CGGGAGUGCGAUACGGGAAAUUGCAUUCCUGAAACGUGUUUUCAAUCUGUGAAUUAUUUCUAGCGUGGAGCCUUGGUGAGCGUCAUGAUCGGUGGCGUUUUCAUCUACAAUCACAAAGGCGAAGCUCUCAUCUCACGCGUAUUCCGCGAUAACGUUGGACGAAGUUCUCUCGAUGCCUUUCGAGUGAGUGUCAUUCAUGCGCGUCAGCAAGUCCGUUCUCCUGUUACAAACAUUGCUCGCACGAGUUUCUUCCACAUCAGACGCGGCUCGUUGUGGAUUGCUGUCGUGACCAAACAGAAUGUCAAUGCUGCGCUUGUGUUUGAGUUUCUGAGCAAGUUUGCUGGCAUAUUGGAGAACUACUUUGGUGUUUUAGUCGAGGAGAGCAUAAAGAACAACUUCGUAUUGAUCUAUGAGUUGAUUGAUGAAAUAUUAGACUUUGGUUAUCCUCAGAGAACAGAGACUAGUGCUCUAAAAGCUGUUAUCACACAACAGGGAAUCAAGUCUCAAACACAAGAAGAACAGAAACAGAUAACUAGCCAGGUGACAGGACAGAUUGGAUGGCGAAGAGAGGGAAUCAAGUAUAGAAAGAAUGAGUUGUUUCUUGACGUUUUAGAGGGAGUCAACUUGCUCAUGUCAGCGCAGGGUCAAGUUCUAAGUGCUCACGUGAGUGGCCGCAUUGUAAUGAGAAGCUAUUUGUCUGGCAUGCCAGAAUGCAAGUUUGGCAUGAACGACAAACUGAUGGUCGAAAAAGGAGCCAAACCAUCGACAUCAGAAGCAGCAGCCAUGGAGACCUACCAGUCCAAGAAACUGGGCGGCAAAUCAGGUGGUAUUGCCAUCGACGCGUGCACAUUCCAUCAGUGUGUAAAACUUAGCAAAUUCGAGACGGAACGGAGCAUUUCUUUCAUCCCACCGGACGGCGAGUUCGAACUGAUGAAGUAUCGCACAACAAGCGACAUCAGUUUGCCUUUCCGUGUCAUUCCUCUCGUGAGGGAAGUCGGACGGACGAAACAAGAGGUGAAGGUCGUACUGAAAUCGAAUUUCAAACCGACGAUUUUUGCACAGAAAAUUGAGAUCCGAAUUCCUACCCCGCCCAACACUGCUGGCGUGCAGCUGCUUUGUUUGAAGGGAAGAGCGAAAUACAAAGCAAGCGACAAUGCAAUUGUGUGGAGGAUGAAGAGAAUUUCAGGUAUGAAGGAAUCACAGAUCAGCGCGGAGAUCGAUUUAUUGCCAGGUGCUGGUGAGAAGACACAACAAGGGACGAAACCCACUAUUUCAAUGAACUUUGAGGUCCCAUUUGCAUGCUCUGGUCUAAAAGUUCGUUAUCUCAAAGUAUUCGAGUCCAAGCUCAACUACAGUGAUCAUGACACAGUGAAGUGGGUCCGGUACAUCAGCAAGAGUGGCCUCUAUGAGACACGCUGUGCCUAGCCACUGACCCCACCCACAUCCCUCAACCUUCUGAGUGUCAAUCCUGACAAAGUGACUUAUUUUGUUCUGCAGCGCGGCAAGCUACUCACACGACAGUUUUUGCAACUUCUGUUUGUUUCUUAAUUACAAUAAUUAUUGUUUA